AUUUUCGAAUAACCUUAUCACCAUUUGCUUGGAUUUAUUCCUUUUUAAGAUCAUUUCCAUGGUUUCAACCGACGAAAUAGCUUUGAUCUCUUCACACCUCCACUUAAUACGUCUUGAUGCAACCAUUGUAUUUAUUGUACUCACAGUCCCCUCCUUCCUCUCCUGCUCCGUCAUGAAAAGUAUAAGUACUCUCUACUGUACGCGCUUUCCCGGAACCGGUCUUUCUGGGAUACUAUGAGCCCCUCGACACAGGAAGACAACUUGUUUGAUUCGGCAUCACCGACUAGUUCAUAACAAAAAAUUAAUCCAAAUCGGCCGACUUGUUGCUUUAUAUGUGACGGUGAUUCGGAUCCCUCUUGAGCUUGUCAGUCCAUACUCAUUUGCGCCGAUUUUAUUAAUAACGGGAAAUUCUCGUGUACAACGAGUUUCGUAAUCUUUUAUGAUUUGAGCCUUCGCUUUGGUAGAUACAUCUCACAUUGCACUUCUCUGACGCUGUCCCUACGCUUGCUAAUACAGAUCGUCUUCAUGAUAGAAAGGCAAUGGCGUAUCAUUCCCAAGCUGGGCCAUCAAACCCUAACCUUCGAAAUCCUCAACAACAAUACCAGCAAGGAUCAAAUUACGGUAAUCCUUCCGGCGGAAUCGCAAACGAAGGCCAGGAACAAGAAGCCGGUUUUGAUACGCUUAAUUGGUAUCGACAUUACUUACAGUGCCAUCAGUACUUUCUAGACGAAGCUCAACAUGAUUUUUACGUUCAAGCCGUUGCAGCUUUUAUAAACAUACAACUUCCGUACCAAAGGCAGCCAUACCCAGUCAAUCGAGCUUCGGCUGCGUGGUCCAUGGCGAAUCUCACUGAUCGUGGAGAGGAAGAACACCACCCCGUUCCAGGUUAUCCGCAACCUAUUUCUCUAAUUCCAUACAUAAAACGAUUGAUAGUCACCGGCCAUGAUGAUGGUCGAAUUUUGGGAACGUGGUUCGGAGCAGACUGGCGUCAAGGCAUAGGGACAAUACACGAAAUGGAGCGACGCAAUUACCUUUUCGCGUCGAAAAGUAAGGAAUGGCUCGACGUAAAAAAAUAUUAUGAUGAUUCCGCAGCUGCAGAACAGUCAACGCCUUACAUGAUCCCUCUUCCACAAAUUAAAGAGGUAGAACUCUCCCAUGCAGAUGAGGCCUGGAGCAGUUGGAUGGCCAUGCAGGAUUGGGUAAUUGGUCCCAGAACCCCGGAAGGUCUAUUACAGCCUCCACGUUCACACACGCCGCACUACAACUCGCCACGGAUUAAAAGGGAGAGGGACUUAGAUGAUUGAGAGCUACAACACAGAUGUUAUUAAAGUCUGGGUCUUUAUGCCUGUUCUUGCUGGAGUAUGGAGGUGGAUAUACAAGGUACUGCACUGGCAAUAGGAGUUAUAGAUAUUUGGGGGUUUGGUAGGAAUAUGAGGUUUGUGACAUUGUCAUUGGGUUUAGUCGCAGGUCGUUCUCUACUGUUCUGUACAACAGGAUUCUAAAUACUUGAGAAAUCAUACCGCUAAUAU